AUGUUGGAUUCUCAGGCCAUGUUCAUUCAUGGAGAAACAUUUGUCCAGAGCAACGAAGAAGACCGCCGGUGCAUCACUGCCUGCCUUGUGAAGGCCACUUGGGUGAUUGAGAACGACAAAGAGAGGAAGAAGAGGAAAAUGCCGGAGAUGGCGAUGCCGUGGUAUAAGAGUAUCGGUUUCGAAUUUAAGGAAGAGUUCCCAACUGGUUCCAUCAUUGACGGAAAAUACGCCUAUGGCACCGUCUUCGAGCUGAUGGCGAAGCCUAAACCUCCGGAUGCCCCACACUACGUGGUUGCCUUCCGAGGCACCAUGAUGAACCAUCCCAAUGUGUAUCUAGAUCUGAUCCAUGACUUGAAGGUGCUGUUCAACACGCUGACCACCUGCGCGCGAUUCAAGGGGGCGCAUUCGUCGAUCGAGAGCCUUCUAGAUAUUGUCCGUGACGACUCCGUCUGGCUCGCGGGACACUCCCUCGGCGCGUCGCUGGCACUGGAAAUAGGCCGAAACAUGAUGCUGCACAAGAACCGAAGCGUCCCGACCUUCCUCUUCAACCCGCCGAACGUGUCGCUGGGGCCGGCGAUCAACAGCCUUCUCAAGGGGAAGCACAAGACUCGGUUCUACACCGGUAGCUACGCGGUGAAGUACGCGCUCGCCAACAUUAUGCCAUGGAACCGCAAGCGCAGCAAGAAGGUGUUCGAGACGCUGGCUCCGUGGUGGCCGGAUAUGUACAUCCAUCCGGAUGACUGGAUCUGCCGGGGACACAUCGAUUACUUUGAGCAGCGGGAGCUGGUUGCCGAGAAGCACCCUCGCUUUGCCAGUACAGCGAUGAGGACGUCGUACCGUGACAUCUUCUUUUCCAGCGAGUUGCAGCCCCAUCUGCUGCCGACGGCGAGGCUGUGGAUCAACUCCACGCAGAAGCAGGACCCACAUGGGCUCAAGCACUGGUGGAUGCAGGAACUCAAGCUCCAGAGAAAAUUCUACCAUGUUCCAGAGAAAACUGAACAAGACAAAAAAAUCCACUAA